GUGUUCUUCGACGGGUGUGUUAAAAGUAGUGGUGCGCAGUAAAGAAAAGUCGAGUAAUUAACCCCGUAGAAGGAUUAAAAUUAUACGAAAAUGUCUGGCAAAGAUAGAUUACCGAUUUUCCCGUCUCGUGGCGCCCAAAUGUUAAUGAAGGCCCGUCUUGCGGGUGCUCAGAAAGGUCAUGGCCUGCUGAAGAAAAAAGCUGAUGCAUUGCAAAUGCGCUUUCGCAUGAUUCUUGGCAAAAUCAUUGAGACAAAAACUCUGAUGGGUGAUGUUAUGAAAGAGGCCGCCUUCUCGCUGGCCGAAGCCAAGUUUACAUCAGGCGACAUCAAUCAGGUGGUGCUGCAAAACGUGACCAAAGCCCAAAUCAAGAUACGCACCAAGAAGGACAACGUCGCUGGUGUAACGCUGCCCGUAUUUGAGUCCUAUCAAGAUGGCGCUGAUACUUAUGAGCUGGCUGGUCUUGCCCGUGGUGGCCAGCAGCUGGCCAAGUUGAAGAAGAACUACCAAAGCGCCGUAAAGCUACUCGUUGAGCUGGCAUCGCUCCAAACCUCCUUCGUCACCCUCGACGAGGUCAUCAAGAUCACGAAUCGUCGUGUCAACGCCAUCGAGCAUGUCAUCAUACCUCGCAUCGAUCGUACUUUGGCCUACAUCAUCUCGGAGCUGGACGAGCUGGAGCGUGAGGAGUUCUAUCGUUUGAAAAAGAUUCAGGACAAGAAGCGCGAAGCCCGACAGAAGGCAGACGCCAAGAAAGCAGAGCUCCUCCAACAGGGCAUCGAUGUCCGUGAGCACUCAAACAUACUCGAUGAGGGCGAUGAUGAUGUUCUCUUCUAAGUAUUAACCCCAUGCGUGUUUACGUGUGUGUAUUCCAGCAAUAUGUUAUUGUUAUACUACAAAAAAAUAUUUGUUCUGUUUCCAUUUUUAAUCCGCAAAAGAAAAACCACAAGAAAAACUUAUUGUAUGUAAAAUGUAGCUACUGGCAAACUUUGUAAGCUUAAA